AUGGGAGUGGAUCAAGGAGUGGGCCCCAAAGCUAUGAGGUCCUGGCCCGCCACGCGUGCGGAUGCCACGGCUGCCGAGCCACGGGUGCGCGCUCUGCCCUUAGACGGAAUUGUUAAGAGUCUCGGCACUGGUGAUGCCAUCGAGCAGAUGGAACCACAAUCGAGCUAUAACUUUGGUGCCUGUUAG